CUGUGUUUAUCCCCUUGAGGAUUACAAGAAAAAAGAAUAUUACAUAAUGAUGCCAAAAUUAAAAUUUAUUGUUAUCUUAGAAAUGUAAGUUCGGUCGCAUGUUAAAACUUUAUUUUCUUGAGUUGAUUCGUUGGUUCCGAGUGUGAUCUACCGUGUCCGGCCUAGCUAGCUACUACCAUUUAAAAGCUGGUACUUCUGCCUCUCUCAGCUUUGUCCUCAUUGAUUGUUGAUGAAAAAGUCCUCUCUCUCUCUCUCUCUCUCUCUCUCUCUCAUAAAACCCCUUCGCUUCCUACUCCUCCACCUUUUCCAAGUUGCAUUCAUUCUUUGGUUUGGGCGAAAUGGGUCGCAAUGCAGCAGCAGCGGCAGCUUCUCUGAGAUGGUCAACGACGUUGCUCUUGUUGUUAUUGGGCCUAGUAGUAGGGACCAAAGCGACGUCGUACAGGAGGAACGCGUACGCGACGAUGAUGUACGUUGGGACGCCCAGGGACUACGAAUUCUACGUUGCCGUUCGCGUCCUUCUAAAAUCUCUCUCCAAACUUAACGUCGAAGCCGAUCUCGUCGUCAUUGCUUCCGUCGACGUCCCUCUCCGGUGGAUUCAAGCUUUUGAAGAGGAAGAUGGUGCAAAAGUGGUAAGGGUGGAAAACAUGGACAACCCUUACAAGCGUCAAGAUAAUUUUGACAAGAGAUUUAAAUUAUCUUUGAACAAACUCUAUGCGUGGAGCUUAGUGGACUAUGACAGGGUUGUCAUGCUGGAUGCUGACAAUCUCUUCCUUCAAAACACAGAUGAGUUAUUUCAAUGUGGACAAUUCUGUGCGGUCUUUAUCAAUCCCUGCGUCUUCCAUACCGGCCUCUUCGUCUUGCAGCCAUCAAUGGUCGUGUUCAAGGACAUGGUUCGUGAAUUACAGAAUGGGAGAGAAAAUCCAGAUGGUGCAGACCAGGGUUUUAUAGCUAGCUACUUCCCCGAGUUGCUUGAUAAGCCAAUGUUUCAUCCACCUUCAAAUGGCACCAAGGUUGAUGGAACAUAUAGGCUUCCUUUAGGUUAUCAAAUGGAUGCUUCUUACUACUAUCUUAAACUUCGCUGGAGCGUACCCUGUGGACCAAAUAGUGUGAUCACAUUCCCAGGGGCACCAUGGUUGAAGCCAUGGUAUUGGUGGUCAUGGCCUGUUCUGCCAUUAGGCCUCCAGUGGCAUGAACAACGCCGUCAAACUUUAGGGUAUGGUGCUGAAUUGGCUGUGAUACUUAUCCAAUCUGCAAUAUAUGUGGGAGUAAUAGCAAUGACGCGUUUGGCAAGGCCAAGCUUCUCAAAGCUAUGUUAUAGGCGCUCUGAUAAGAGCAUCACCCUUGUUCAUAACAGCCUCAAAUUAGUAGCUUUGUGGUGCAUCCUUGCUGCUUACGUAACACCAUUCUUUAUCAUUCCUCACACGGUUCACCCUCUUCUGGGUUGGAUCCUGUAUUUGCUUGCUACUUUUGCACUUUGCUCAAUUGCAAUCAAUAUCUUUAUGCUACCAAUGUUACCAGUUUUGGUACCAUGGCUUGGAAUUGUUGGGGUCCUUAUGGUCAUGGCAUUUCCUUGGUAUCCUGAUGGGGUAGUGAGAGCACUGUUUGUCUUUGCUUAUGCCUUCUGCUCUGCACCAUUUUUGUGGGCCUCUAUGGUGAGGAUAGUUCAAGGUCUUCAGUUAUCUCUAGAAAGGGAAGCUUUUCUGCCAGCAAGAUUGGGAGAGUCUUCGCCAAAUUCAUGGUUUAACAAGUUAUAUUGAGCUGUCUAGUUGGGCACACCAAUACAAGGCUGGGACAAAGAGGGACCUUCUUGGCAAGCUCAGCAAACAUAGAAGGGAGCAUGAUACAUUAAAUACCAAACAUGCCAGUAAGGCUUCACAAUGAAUCCAAUCAACUCAAUUAGUUUGAAACUUGACUGGUUAAUUUGUUGAAGUUGGUGGAUGAAUUAAAGUAACUCAAUUUGAGUUGAAAAUUCAGCUCAUUAAACAAAUGGGCUGAUCUUGAAUCAUGUAUAGUUAGUUUGGUUUGAUUGUUAUAUGAAAAAAAUAUUUAUUUUAA